AACAAACACGCAGUGGUUGGGCUCGUGCAGGACUUCAUUCUCCCACUGCUCCCAGUAAGACCUUCCAAAGGUGGAAACACCCCACCAGCGUCCCCAAAUUUGGGCUGCAAACCACGCCCCCUCGCGGAGACACGCCCCCUCACGGCCACACGUCAUCUCAAUGAAAAGCUCUGACUUCGACGGCUAGCGUCAACUUGAUUAGCCUCGUCCCAGUAUUCCCACGCUGCAACCCGCCAGCGUGUUUUCUCUUCCUUCUCAUCCUAACGCAGACAUGACGCAGGAAAACAUCUUCCUCUUCGUUCCUAAUUUGAUCGGUUACGCUCGCAUCAUCUUGGCGCUGCUGGCCUUCUUCCUGAUGCCCUGCUGCCCCUGGUCCGCCUGCUCCUGCUACCUGCUGAGCGCGCUGCUGGACGCCUUCGAUGGCCACGCCGCCCGGGCGCUCAAUCAGUCCACCCGCUUUGGCGCCAUGUUGGACAUGCUGACGGACCGCUGCGCCACCAUGUGUCUGCUGGUCAACCUGUCCCUGCUCUACCCCGCCUACACCUUCCUCUUCCAGCUCAGCAUGUGUCUGGACAUCUCCAGCCACUGGCUGCACCUGCACAGCUCCACCAUCAAAGGAGCAGCCAGCCACAAGAGCAUCGACCUCUCGGGCAACCCUUUCCUGCGCAUCUACUACACCAACAAGGUGGUUCUCUUCUUCAUGUGUAUGGGAAACGAGCUCUUCUUCUGUUUGCUCUACAUCCUCCAUCACGUCCCGGAGCCCGCAGCGUGGGUCUACGGGCUGCUGGGACUCAGCGGGAUGGUGUGUCUGCUCAAGUCGGCCAUCAGCCUGCUGCACCUCAUCACCGCCUCCCAGAACAUGGCCACCCUGGACGCCGCGGAGCGCGCCCAGGCCGGCAAGGCGCACUGAGAGCUCUGACGUCUGGUCUUCAGUUGACUUCACGCUGACCAAAUUUCCAUGUGGCUUCUUCAAUGCAACGGGUACUUUAUCGCCAUUUUAACGCCAUUAUUUAUUCUUGUGGGGACCUCAAGCCAACUUGUUUUUUUAGGGUGUUAGAGUCACUUUAGCCACACAAACUAAACAAAAGUGGAGCAAAAGGUUUGAAGGUAAGGUCUUAUGUGUGAGAAAGGGUGUCGCAUUGGAUUGGUUUGCUUCUGUCGUGGUAGAACGUGUGAAUAUUCGCCGAAUGUAUUAUUGGAGGAAGUUUGCAGUGCUGUAUUUAAGGGACUUGUGCACCAAUAAAGAUGUA